AUGCAGCCAGUCCGAUACAGAUCUCAGCUUAUUAGCCUAUUUGUGGUGGUCUUGUCGGGCGUUCCGGCAAUCUCGGGAACAGCAGAUCAGUGGGACCUGGGAGUCAAUACAACAACAAAGUUUGGUUUCCUCUCCAGCGUGGUCUACAAACCUGUUGCCGGAUGCUUCGCCAUUGCCGGGAAGAUAUCCACAGGAUUCUGCGGCAUCUCGGAAGAUUUGACCCCGAACCCAGCGAGCGGCAAGUUUCAGAAGAAGAUUUGUGCUCCCAAUGGCGACGUUAUCACAAAGUUUCGGGUGCAUCUCCAGUUCUGCAAGAGCAUUGGGGAGACCUUCACGUUCGAUUCCUGCCUGAACAAACUGCUGGGAAGCACGAUCGAUCAAGAGUGCAGGGUGAUCGGAGGGAAGUUCAACGUUCAAGACCUCGUCACACAGAGACGACAAGUCCUGCCAGACUGCUGUAUCGCCUACUUCCAGGGCUCCACCGAGGUUUGCAACUGCGACCGCACUCUCCUUUCCCAGUACUGCAGUGACUUCUGCUGCUGCAAGAGUGUUCUCGACAACAUUGGGAUCUCUUCUAGCGCGGAGGAGCGUCUCGCCAAGGCUCAGCUUCGCCUGAUCGUGCAGCAAGAGUGCUGUGAAUCCUUGCUGUUCAACCAGUGCACCGCGACUGGCGACUGCAGGGAUGAAAACAGUCCCACCAAAUACCUCCAGCAGCUCACUGCCUUUCCCAUGUGCUGUCAGUACUGCUACGACAUCUACGACCGGCGAUGCAGCUUUCAGACGACGGAGCAAGCAACGGGGCAAACGUACUUCAUCUCGAUGAAGUCAAGGCAGUACCUGCCCAAGUUGAAGAAGCUGUGUGAAGAGACCUUGCAGUGCAAGAACAGCAACCCUUGUUCCUCUGCGGCGAUUGUGCCGCUGAAUCUCCUUCUGGUGCUGGUGAAGCGUCUUACUGCCAUGUCAUGUCUCAAGACUGAAGUGUGA